CUUCGCAUAAAUGUUUUUGUGUCAGUCAACUUUCGUUUUAUUGGAAAGAAAUAUGAAUGGGAUCGAAAUGUUGGCGCUUCAAUUUAUCACCAUACUUAUGGUGAUACAAAUAAGUGCAAACAACAGCACACAUGGUACUUUUGACUAUGCCCGUACAUACUGUUCCCAGCAUGGAGGAAUGGCGUAUAUCGAUAUUGUGACAACGUCUCUACUAACGGACUACAAAGUGAACGACUGUAGUCUCGCGAACAGUUCAGGACUUAACGAUGGUGAAUCAUUGUGGAUACCUCGGCUAGCAGACCUAGGAACGUAUAUCACAGAGGACGGUUGUGCCACGGCAUUACCACAGGAUUCCACGUUGAAUUUGACAGGAAAGCCCUCCUUGUUCCAAUGUACGAAAGAGUGUUUGGCUCGUGGAUCCAUGAAUUACAUUAGUUUCCAUAAUGGUCAGUGUUAUUGCAUGGCUGAUGACCAUUCGGACUUAGAAUGUUUGGAUUUAGGUCAUGCUGCCGUUUACCGCAAAUUUCAGUUUGAUGUGAAAGAAAGAAAACACCGAUGCAUUGUUGCCAAACUAAAUAACAGACAGUUUGGUUACACAAGCGCUAAAUGUUCUGAUAAACAUUCAGGAGUUUGUGUGGAUCGCAGUGCGCAGUCAACGCUCCAAAGUAGCUGUAUUAGGUAUCACGCUACAUUUUCUGAGAUCGGACAUCAUUUUUGCGCCCCACCAGGAUUAUUCAUGAAAAAUGAAUUGAAGGGAAAAUGUUUAAAGUAUAACGGUAAAUUACCGCCUCACCUAUAUCAAGGUAUCAGCCAUUAUCUGGAAAACGGAUUGUACUUUGUGGAUAGUUUCCUUACAUUUGAUCCACAAACUCCCGGAGAGUAUUCCGUGUCGGAAGAUUUUCUAGCAUGCUUGUCAAUUACAAAGCAAGGUUGCAUGCUUAUAUUGGAAACAGACGAAUGUGACAAUGUAAACAGAUAUCAAUGCGAUGCAGAAACACAAAGCCAGCAGAGGGGAGCAACAACGCGCAUGGAUUCGAAAUAUAUUUUAGUAUUCAUAUGUUUGUUUUUUAUAAAAACUACUUAAAUAUGUAUGGAACAAUGAUGAUAAACAACCAUAAAAAACAAUAUGUAGUAAGGAAAUUUUUGACGUCGCGCGGUCGCAAUGCUGUAUAGAGGAUCACGUGACCACAAUGGACAAGCCAACAUAAUUAUUGUAAAACAAAACUAUGACAUAUAUUUGAUAAAAAAAAACCUUUAUAAACAAACAAUUGUAUAAACUGAUUAUAGAAAAACAUCAACUUGUCCUCAAACUCGUAGGCUAAGUUUUUUACAUCUUGGUUGACGAACCUUAGGACCCGAUUCAUAAAAGUUCAGGAAAACGUUUUGGAGGAUGUUUGUUUUAUUUAAGAUAAUCUGAUUUUUGAUAAAUGGGUAAACUUGAAAAGACAAUGACCAUUUAUUACAUAUAACACUAUCAAUGAUAUAUCAUGUAGGAACUGUACGUACGCCAACAUUUACAUAGGCUCACACGAUAACCCGUCAACAAAUCAAAUCGCAGGAAUUAUGCCUCCCCCAAAGUCUUGUUUUUGCCCUGUCCGUCAGUCCGUACGUCACACUUCGUUUCUGCUCAAUAAGUAUAAAACGCUUUGACCCAGUAAUUUCAUACUUGGUAUGCUAGUUGGUCAUGACUAGUAGAUGACCCCUAUUGAUUUUGAGAUCAGUAGGUUAAAGGUCAAGGUCACAGUAGAUGUUCACUAUUUAAUACGGGUGAAUAAACCAAACAUCACUGUUGGUUCGUCUCCAGUCCAAAAUUACAAAUUUCAUGUCCAUCAUUUAUUUUCUCAGCUACGACCACACAAUAGGGGAGACAAGCGCUUUUUCAAAAAAGCAAUGAAAGGGGUCGGUGGUAUUACCGGAAAACAGAAAAACCGGAAAACACUUAUAUGUUCAUAAGUAUAUACAAUAGAGUAUGCGAAGGGGGUUGGUGCGGCUGUGGCUCAUACUAUAUUCGUUGGAGGAAUAUUACAUAUACCAACAUAUUAACAUUCUCACACAGUGAUAGGUGCUGAUAUUUUCAGAACAAUGGUCGGGCAGAGGUUUGGGUGAUUACCUAUGGUCAGGGAUUGACCUAAUCAUAGGUGAAACCAUGCAUUUGUACGCUACUGUUUCUGAUAAUAUCAGCGAAAUCUAGUAGUAUUUAAAUUAUAUGAUAAAUACAAUACAUCCUCUCAGUAACACCUUCCAAAGACUUUUCCUGUCAAGUUCGAUUGAUUUAAAAAAUAUCCAACUAUACAUCAGUUCUUUCAAUUUUGCUAUUUAAAGUAUACGAUUAUCCUUAAAGUUAUACACCUGAAAGAACUAACCAUGUUACAGUGGUAUGUCAACCAGCGGAACUGUGAUCAUAAGGAUUUCCCGUUAGCCGGGAAAACAAGUUGUUGUUAUAAUAACUGUAAUCAGUGCUCAAAUCCAUCUUACUUUUUGUAUUUGUAUGCAUGAAUAUAGUAAGGAACAGCUUUUGUAAAUACUUCUUCCAAUGUUUGCACAUGUUUUAAACUAUAUCCUUUUACUUCCAGGUUCCAAGCUCAUUGUUAUGUUUUGAUAUGUCAUGUAUGUUUGUUAUUCAUGUCGGAAAAUAGCUCAUUGAGUUAUUGUU